AUGCUGUUUGGUGGUAAUGAUAGCUGUUUACCUAAGUUUACUUGCUUCCAGAUAUUAGGGCUGAACGGCUCACGAUUUACCGACCAUGCAGGCACCAACGGAUUCGUACAUGAGCUGUACGACUACCUGCCAAAUCGGUGGGCCCCCUCCCCCACCCCGGCAACAGGGCUGAAGGAUUGGGACUUGCAGGGGUACAUUGAGGAGUGCAAAGCCGAGUCGAACCCUCCAGGGAGCAAGUUUUGCUUGCGUUUCCCCGGAUUAGAGGAGGUUUUUGAUCACGAUGAUGGUGACAGACCCUGCGAAGCCCCCAAACAUGGCCGAAAUCCCGACCCAUGCGAAUUUCAGAAGUUACUGUGCUCAUCUGGAAAGAGAACGGCUAUCCCUACUCAAAGAACAUGGAUAGACCAAAAAGCGACCGUGGUGGAAAGGACACCAUCCACUUCAUUCGCGAAAAGGGCGAAAAGACACCGACAGCGGAAUUACGGCGUCAGAAGUGCCUUUGGUAAGAAGGACGCUAAUCUUCGCCUCAGCCCCAUGAUGAAACACUAA